AUUCAAAAUGCUAUGAUCAAGUCCUUGUUGUUUAAUUGCUUCCAAGGAAAAAUGUACCGGUGUCUGUCCGUCAUAUUACUUUGGUGUCUUCUUAAAAUGCAUCAUAUCUCACAUCAGUGGGCAUAUCCAACGUAUCCAAUAAAAAUCAGAUCUUGCUAUUCUUUGAUCAGUCACAAAAUUCUCCCUAACACACUUGCCAAACCACAUUGCUCACUGUGACCCACCAAAAACUUUCAUUCUGAUUCCUUUGGAGCAUUGCACUCCUAGAACUCACUCCACAUAUCUCUCUAUCUCUUCAACCCCCUUCCUAUCUGUGGCUUUCUUUUGUCAUGGCAUCAGAUCCCACUGGUAAGCUGCCAUGGCUCCUGACAUGAGGAAGUCAUGCAAGAAAUCUACCUUUUUCUGCUGAGCAAAAAAGCCCAGCUAAAGAUCAGAAACGGCCUUGAACCCAUCCACACCUCUCCUCUUGCUGGUAUUCUUCAUAGCCUCUGAGUUCAAUGGAAGUGGACGAUGGUAGAGCUUUGAUGCUUUGGGUGCUCUUCUUCUGGCCCUGGGUUACUGCAACUGCUAUGCUCUCCCCUAAAGGUGUUAACUUUGAAGUGCAAGCUCUGAUGGGCAUCAAGGCUUCUCUUGAGGAUCCUCAUGGCGUUCUAGAGAACUGGGACCAGGACUCUGUUGAUCCAUGCAGCUGGACCAUGGUUACAUGCUCACCUGAGAACCUGGUCAUUGGGCUAGGAACUCCAAGCCAGAAUCUAUCAGGCACACUUUCCCCAAGCAUAGGAAAUCUGACAAAUCUCGAAGUUGUGCUCCUGCAGAACAACAACAUAUCUGGGUCAAUACCUCCAGAGAUUGGGAAGCUCUUCGGGCUUCACACCCUUGAUCUCUCCAACAACGAAUUCUCUGGUGCAAUACCUACUUCCUUGGGCAAUCUGAGAGGACUUCAGUACCUGAGGCUCAACAACAAUAGUCUCUCUGGGGAAUUUCCUCUGUCUUUGGUGAACAUCACUCAACUUGCGUUCAUGGACCUGUCUUACAACAAUUUGAGUGGCCCUAUGCCAAAGUUACCAGGGAGAACAUUCAACAUUGUCGGAAAUCAUUUGAUCUGUCCGACUGGUAUGGAGAAAGAGUGCUAUGGAACGAUGCCAUUGCCAAUGUCCUUCAACAUUACUGUUUCUCAGGGUGAUCCAACUCCACAAAGGCCCAAAAGACAUAAACUAAUACUUGCCCUUGCAUCCAGCAUCGGGAGCAUCUGUCUCAUUAGUCUCGCAUUUGGGCUAUUUAUUUGGUGCAGUCAAAGGCAUAAUCAACAGAUAUUCUUUGAUGUCAAAGACCAACACAAAGAAGAGGUCUGCCUCGGUAACCUGAAAAGAUUCCAGUUCAGGGAGCUUCAGGUUGCAACAAAUAACUUCAGUAGCAAAAACUUGCUUGGAAAAGGUGGCUUCGGAAAUGUCUACAAAGGGCAGCUACAAGAUGGAACCUUAGUAGCAGUUAAAAGGCUCAAGGAUGGAAAUGCAGCAGGUGGAGAGAUUCAAUUCAAAACUGAAGUUGAAAUGAUAAGCUUAGCUGUGCACAGACACCUUCUUAGGCUGUGUGGAUUCUGCAUUACUGCUACUGAAAGGCUUCUUGUUUACCCAUAUAUGUCAAAUGGAAGUGUUGCCUCCCGACUCAAAGCAAAACCGGCAUUAGAUUGGAGUACAAGGAAAAGAAUAGCUUUGGGAGCUGCAAGGGGUUUGAUGUACCUACAUGAACAGUGUGACCCGAAGAUCAUUCACAGAGAUGUAAAGGCUGCAAACAUAUUGCUCGACGACUACUGUGAAGCAGUUGUAGGAGACUUUGGACUUGCAAAACUUCUAGAUCACAGAGACACACAUGUGACUACUGCUGUGCGAGGAACCGUAGGACAUAUAGCUCCAGAGUAUCUUUCAACGGGGCAAUCCUCAGAGAAAACCGACGUUUUUGGAUUUGGAAUUCUUCUUCUCGAACUGAUUACUGGUUUGAGAGCACUGGAAUUUGGCAAAGCAGCAAACCAGAAGGGUGCCAUGCUUGACUGGAUCAAGAAAAUGCACCAGGAAAAGAAGCUUGACAUGCUUGUAGACAAGGACAUGAAGAGCUAUGAUCGGAUAGAGCUCGAGGAGGUGGUUCAAGUUGCGCUCUUGUGCACUCAGUAUCUCCCAGGUCACAGACCGAAAAUGUCAGAGGUGGUCCACAUGCUUGAAGGUGAUGGUCUUGCAGAGAGAUGGGAAGCAUCUCAGAGAACAGAGGCUCUGAAGCUUAAGGUGCCCGACUUCCACUCAGAUCGCUACUCAGACAUCACCGUCACUGAUGACUCAUUGCUGGUUGAAGCCAUGGAGCUGUCUGGACCAAGGUGAUUGAUGAGAGAAUCAGAGAUAAGAUCAAAAGAUCUCUAGCUUGAUGAAUGAAGAGUUUGUAAGGUAUAUAUAGGAGCCAAUUAAUUUUGUGUGGUUGAAUUGAUUCUUGGUUGGGUAUUAAAUACAAAAUCCGGAAUUGUUCUCUGCAUGAGUCACUGGGGUAGAUUCAUGAUGAAGAAAUAGGUGAUUUAAUUUAAAUGUAAAAUUGUAAACUAAUAUUUUGUUGUGAUCAUGUAUAGCCAACCUGAAAGCUACAAUGUUCUAGCUAGAUUUGAAGCUUGCCCAUGUUAUUCCUUGAUGAACCAAUAUUUAAUAA